AUGAACUCGAUUCGUGUGGUGUUGGCGGUUAUGGUAAAGGAGAAGUACGUGACAGAGCAGUUGGAUUCGGACACGGCAUUUCUCAAAAGCGAUCUAAAGGAACGCGUCUACAUGGAGGUGCCGUAUGGCAUUGAAGACGCCGGGGGUUACAUGUGCAGACUCGACAAGGCGAUCUACGGAUUGAAGCAAGCGGCGAGCGCAUGGAACAAGACGAUCCAUCGCGUCUUCAUGAAGUUUGGCUUCAAGAGCUGCGGGGCAGACCAGUGCGUGUAUGUCAAGGAGUUUAAGGGCAACUUGAUAUACGUAUGUCUUUACGUCGACGACAUGAUCAUCGUGGCAAAGACGAGCAAGGAAAUCCAGGACGUCAAGACGAGACUCAAGAAGGCGUGUAAGAUGAAGGAGCUCGGCGAAGCUAAGAUCAUCUUGGGGAUGGAGAUCGACCACCAGAGGUCAGCGAUUUUACUGACCAUCAAGCAAACGCGCUACAUUGAUGACGUGGUGGAGCGCUUCACUCAGCAGGACGCCAAGGCUGUGGAGAAUCCGUGCGAGUCGGGACUCAAGCUGUCGAAGUUUCAAUCGCCGAUCACGGAUGCGGGCAGAAACAAGAUGUGGAAGAAGCCGUACCGAUCACUAAUCGGGUGCCUGUUGUAUAUCACCACUUGUACACGCCCCGACGUUGCGUACGUGGUGACGCAGUUGUCAAGGUUCUUAAAAAACCAGGAAAACAGCACUGGAAGGCGGCCGUCCGCGUUCUUCGUUACUUCAAGACUACGAAGGCGAUUGGGAUCGUAUACCAAGGGGGCACAAGUGCACUGA